AUGCGGUUCGGGUGUGUAAACUGGUUGUGGGCUCUCGCGUUAAUUAGACACGGCUCUCGCACCGAGCAACACCUCUCCUCAUUAUUUACCGCUUCAUUAAGAGCUCACUCGCGACGAGCGCCUGUCAAAAUCUCACCGAACGCCCGUCCGACGCUUGAAAUAUCGCAGUAUUGUCCUACAAUAACACCGUCGUCGGCUACAUUGGGUGGCGCGGCCAUGUCGUCUGGCAUGGGCGGUGGCACGCUUGGCAGCGGCCACUGUCAGUUGGCCAAUCAGCCCCUAGUAAUGCCAGUGUUUCCGCUGCGUGCCAGCCAGCCUAGCCCCGUGCCUGUCUAUUCCCCAUCGCGUUUUCACAUAGACAAGAGGUGUCAACACCGGUGCACAUGGAAAUGUCUGGCAAUUGCCAUGAUCUGCCUAUGUGUCAUAUUAGCGGCCAUGCUCGCCUAUUUUAUUGCGUUAUCGUCAAUUAAAAGUAAUAUAGACAAUUCAAAUUGCAUCCUGGUACAAGAUGUAAAAGCAGUUACACACGCACAAGGUGUAAGAGAUGCGUUAUCAACGUCAUCACCUUCCGACGAGUCAAUAUCAACUUCGUCACUCGGCGGGUGGUCAACAACAGCGGAAGCCGCAAUAGAAUCAGCUAUAAUACCACAGCAAGCACAACAAGCUGCGCCACCACCUUGGUCUCCAGCAUUAGAAGUUAGAGAGUUUGACGAACUCCACAGUGCAACAAUACCCGCUUACCAGUUUUGGAGUUCAGAAUUCCGAAAUAAACAACCAGCUUACGUUAGCCUUAACUUCACAGUACCCUGGGGAGCUAAUUUUGCAGUUUAUGGCAGACGUAAUGUUGCUCCUAGUGUUACGCAAUAUGAUUUUGUAGAAUUUAUCCGAGGUGGAAGAGUUGAUCACAGAUUAAGAAGAAGAAGAAGAAGUCCACACAGACACGAAGCAUUUGGACUUAAUCUUGAUGACUGGGAUUCUUUAUUGAGUACAAUUAGCCCAUUACAAAGGUGGAACCACACGAUAAGCAAGAGAUCUACAGAUAUGAGAGUUAAUGUCAGCAUUUUGCAGUAUCUUGACACUGGAAGGUGGUUUAUUUCUGUAUACAAUGAUGAACUCCAACCACAUAACGUCGAAAUGAUUGUAUCUGAAGCCGAAGGUGUGACUAAUUCGUGUCCCGACGACUGCUCUGGUCAUGGAUCGUGCUAUCUCGGAAAAUGUGAAUGCAUGGACGGUUAUGAGGGACACGAUUGUUCCAAAAGCGUAUGUCCCGUUCUAUGUUCUGGUCAUGGAGCAUAUGCAGGUGGCAUUUGUCAUUGCUCUGAAGGUUGGAAAGGAGCUGAAUGUGAUAUACCAGCACAUGAUUGUGAACCUGCGGAUUGCUCUGGCAGAGGACAGUGUGUCGCUGGCCACUGUCAUUGCAAAGCGGGAUGGAAAGGACAGAAAUGUGAUGAAGAGGACUGUCUGGAUCCAACUUGCGGCGGGCAUGGUUCAUGCGUGCGCGGGCGCUGUGUUUGUCGCGCCGGAUGGCGUGGCGCUGCAUGCAGCGAACGCGAUGCACGCGUUCAACGAUGUCUACCUGCAUGUUCGCAACGGGGAGUUUACGAUUUAGAUGCUGGAAGAUGUGUUUGUGAUCCGCUUUAUACCGGCGAUGAUUGUUCGCAAGUGGUCUGCUCUUUGGACUGUGGUCCGCAUGGAGUGUGCGCUGAGGGAGUGUGCCGGUGUGACGAAGGUUGGACAGGCUCUAUGUGCGACCAGCGGCCAUGUGACGUACGAUGUCACGACCAUGGCCAAUGCAAAAAUGGUACAUGCGUCUGUACACAAGGAUGGAAUGGGAAACACUGUACACUUCCCGGUUGUCCAAACGGUUGCUCAAGACAUGGUCAGUGCCUGCUAGAAGAUGGAGUCUAUCGCUGUUCGUGUUCUGAAGGUUGGGCUGGCACUGAUUGUUCUAUAGCUCUUGAACUGUCCUGCAACGAUAACGAAGACAACGAUGAAGAUGGCAUGACGGACUGCUCGGACUCGGAAUGCUGUAGUCGACCCGAAUGCGCCGAGCACAUCAUGUGUCUCUCCUCCAACGACCCUGUGGAAGUGCUCCUCCGCAAACAACCACCUUCUGUCACCGCCUCAUUCUACCAACGAGUCAAGUUCCUCAUAGAAGAGAACUCUGUACAAAGUUACGCUCACAUGGACGAGUAUUCAGAGAGCAUUUAUCUCAUGACCUCGGACGAACGUGCCACUGACGGAGUUCCUCCGUAG